UAAAUAUCAAAUGAGAUAUUAUAUUUGCCGAAACUUUAUUUCUCGUCGAGAAGUAUUUGGCUUCCAGAAUAUUUUAUCGUUUCCAAGAUGUUUGGUCGAGAAUCCGAGUUCAGUGAACUCGAUCUAUCAGCGGCCGAUUGUUUCGGAUAGAAAGGGGACACACACACACACACCUCCGUAUUAUUUAUACUUUUCUGUCGGGUUUCGAUCUACUUAUCGAGUAUAGAUUGGAGACUGGACAAAUUUUCAUUGAGUUAAUUCGUCGUCGGAGGGCUGUUGUCAACGUACAUUGAACGAAGAGAGAACGUGGCGCUGAUCCAUUGCGCAAUAGAACACUAAAAUCUCUGCCUCGAGGGUCAAAGAUCCGCGUCGUACAAUCGUAACGGCUUCGACAAUCCUCGGAGCAUCGAUCGAGCAGUCCCGUUAUUCUCGGGACGCCGAGCGCGGCGAGUAUUAUAAAAGCGGUGAGCGUCCUUGCUCUGAAACGCAGUUUGCGGCGAAGAUGAAGAGCGGAAGGCAACAGCCACGGCAAGAAUGCGUGAGAUGGACGACGCUGACGGUGGCGGCAAUCGUCAUCCUCGUAGUCGAUGCGUUGCCUGCCGCUGAGGUCAGCCGGCAGUCGAGCGAGAAGCAGCUGAAGGAUGUGGUCCACGAGCAAAUCACUUACGACGGCGAUCAAGUCUGGAGAAUACACAAACCCCAGGCGAACAACAAUUAUGUGAACGAGCUGGUGCAACGCUACGACGAGGACGGUUCGUACUCGAUAUGGUCGAACAACGCGUCGGCCGCUGAUAUUUUGAUACGAAGUUAUAUGCUCGAGCACGUGGAGUCGGUGUUCAGAAACGCUGGGCUGAACUACGACGUAUUGAUCAAUGAUGUGCAACAAGCGAUCAAGGAGGAGAACCCGCCGCUCUCGCCGGACGCUCAGGAGGAGCUCGAGGGACGCAAAGGUCACAAAAUGGAGUGGACCAGUUACCACCGCCUGAAGGAUAUCCAUGACUUCUUGGACUACCUCGAGGAGACUUACCCGGAUAUUUGUUCCGUCACGACCAUCGGCUACUCCAUCGAAGGCCGGCUACUCAAGGUCUUGAGGAUCAGCAACGGCAAGCCGGACGUACCGGCGAUCUGGAUCGAUGGCGGUAUUCAUGCCCGUGAGUGGAUCUCACCCGCGUCCGUGACCUACAUCAUCAAUUACCUGGUCGAGAACAGCGAGAACCUGAAGGCGGACUAUUACAUCCUGCCUGUGGCCAACCCGGACGGCUAUGAGUACACUUUCAAUUCCGACCGCCUUUGGAGGAAGAACAGGAGGACAGCCGGUUACAGCGGCUGUUCAGGUGUCGACUUGAACCGGAACUUUGGUUACCGCUGGGGCGGCAAGGGCACCAGCAAGGAUGUGUGCCGCGAAACGUACUCGGGCGCAGCGCCCUUCUCCGAGCCGGAAACCGACGCCAUCCGCAACUUCUUCGAGGCCAGCUCGGCGAACUUCAAGGCGUACCUGAGCUUCCACAGUUACGGCCAGUACGUGCUGUACCCGUGGGGCUAUGAUCGACGUGUUCCGCCGGAUUACAUCGAUCUCGACACGCUCGGCCGCCAAGCAGCAGCGUCCAUGAAACAGGCCGGUGGUGCUGGGAGUGUUUACACCGUCGGGAACAGCGCGACCACGUUGUACGCGGCCAGCGGCGGCUCGGACGAUUGGGCGAAGGCUAUACUGAAGAUCAAGUACACGUACACUAUCGAAUUGAGAGAUACUGGCAGAUACGGCUUUAUCCUGCCGGCGCGUUACAUAAUUCCCACUGCCAAAGAAGCGCUCGCCGCGGUGGAAGUGGUUACGCAAGCUUGUAAAACGGCGUAACCGUCGACCGGACUGCCUGCAAAAUCGACUGAGGAGAAGUCUGAGCAGUUUUUGUGCGGAGCAUUUUACAUGCGAAUGUGCCCAACGAGAGAGAUACUUUCUGAAGUUGUCUCGCACUCGCAAGAUGUGGCGAAUAUUCCGUGAGCAGCUGUGAGCAAUUGUGAGCAAUUGUUCAUCCGCGCAAAUUUAUCGAUCUCCGCUGAAUAUCAACAGCGCUGUACACACACGGAGAAAAAUGUUUGGUCGAACGAAAGAAUUUUCCGAUAAGAUACGAGCGAUGCAGAGAUUCUGAUUGAAGAUAAAUUAACAGCGCUUCUGUUUAAGUUCACCACAAGUUUUGAUAUUUUAGACUUAAUUCUGAUAUCUUCGAUUGAAAUUUCUCAAUCAUUUAUAUUUCACUAGAAAAAAAAUUUGUUUAUUCAGCUAAGUUUUUUUCUCCGUGUAUGAUCUUCGUGGUCGUUCCGGAAGCGGCUUCUUUGCUGUAAUUGUCCGUCGUUAAUCGACCGUAUUCCCGAUCUAGCGUUCGUUUCGUAUCACAACGUUUGUGUGAUCGCGUAUGUGGGAAGAUAAUCUGUAAAUAUCGCCGAAGUGUCUGCAAUAAAUAUUUAACCGAUUCAUUAGUGGACUCGAAAUCAACGAUUUGCGCCAAAACCGGAGAGCGAAUAAUUUCGC